AUGGUAUUAGGAAAGGUGAAAAAGAUCCCGAUCGCAGCUCCAAAGCUUACGAAGGAGCAGAAAAUGGAGAAGGAGCUCCUGAUAAAGAAGAAGAUAACCAAACUAGCCAAUGCCAUCCGAAUUCCUCCUGCAAUCAAUCAGUUUAAGACCUUUUUGUCUGAGGAUGAUACUAAAAAGUUCGUUGAUCUAUUCAUGAAAUACAGGCCCGAGAAUAGGGAAGAAAAAAGGGCCAGGCUGAGCUCGGAAGAUCCAAAGAAGGGGCCCAAGCCCAUCCUUGUCAAGUUCGGGCUCAAGCAUGUGACAAACCUGAUUGAGACGAAGAAAGCAAAGCUUGUGCUUAUCUCGGCAUCGGUCGACCCCAUCGAGGUUGUCAUAUUCCUCCCUACUCUAUGUAGAAAGAUGGGGGUGUCAUAUGCAAUCGUUGAGAACUCUACAAUCCUUGGGAGGCUCGUUAACCUAAAAUCCACAUCAUGUGUUUGUCUGUGCGACGUAAGGCCAGAGGACGAGGCCACCUUCAAGGAGAUGCUGGGAAUAGCAAAUGCAACCUUCCUCGACAGCUAUGAAACCCAUCUGAGCACCUGGGGAGGAGGAUCUAGGAAACAAGUAACUGGGGAGCAAUGA